CCUGACGGACAGUUUACACAGUACUACUACACGCUGCGGUGACCAUAGUUACUGCUGUCGCUGCGCGAUGCUGCUGAGCCGGGUCAUCACGCCCACAACGCGCAGUCUGACCAUCCGCGCAGACGCCAACGACUGGCAGGGGGAGCCGUUCAACUGGCACAUCCUAAGUUAUGUGCAGACGUUCUUGGAAGUUAUGCGCAUCCAGCUGCCCUUCCUCGUGCUGAAAUCCUUCGGCCUGACGUACACGGACCCGGGAUUUUGGCGGUGCUUCCGGCGACAGUGUGACCAACUGAUCGUCGACGGGCUGGAGAUGCGCGGGACGCUGUUUAAUCGAAUGCGGAUGGCGCUCAACUGCUGGUCGUUGCCAGACGACGAAAAGCGCUUCAUCAACGCCUACAGACCCGAUUUCCAGUCCGAUUUCCAUUCCGGCUGGCAUUCGGUAGCGCAUGCCCAGCCGUCCGUUGUGGAUGCGACGCUGAUCUGUGUACCCCGGCUGAUCUGUAAGUGGCGGGAUCCGGACGACUGGGAGGCGGUCAGCCGGCGCUUCCUGUUGGCCGUGCAGCGGGCCUUUCCGCCGGCCAGCGCCGCCGUGCUGGCCAAAGUGGCGGCGGUGCACGCUCGCUGGUGCCGCAGCCUCGCCUACCCCGACGAUUGGUGCAUUUUCCGGCAGUUCGUCAAAGAGUACAGCGGAUUACAGCCGAAUGGCAGUCGGCAUGCGUACGCGUGCGAUGAUGUCGACUUGCGAACGGUCGACAUCCGCCAACUCAGCAACAUGGCCUUGUGGGGCAUCGCCGAGAUUUACAUCGAAUAAUAUCCAAAUUAAUUACAUAUCUGCGCAGGACGACGCCGACGACGCCUUAUCCUAAGAAAACGGCAAUCACAUGGCCGUAUUAAUAAUUUACGGAUGACUGGAGGCUGGAGCAGUACAGGGCAGGUGGUGCUGUGCUGUACGCUGCUGAAUUUGUUGUAUGUUUUUGUGCUUUCAAACUCGUGUUGCUUUUAGUUAUUUCCAUUUUACCAGUCAAAACUCUCCAACACCAACAGAUUUUAAUCAGAUUUUACGGUAACCAUGUAGGAUAUACAUGCACUUCUCAUGACUAUUAACCAGCGCCGCUCCCAAAAAAAAAAUUUUUUACGAGUAAGAUACAAAUUCAGCAGACGCCCCCAUGAGGCCAUGACCAUCGCCGCGUGUCAAUACUCAAAACAGAGAAAACAAAUAAACAAACAAAAUGGAAAGCAGAUUCGAACUGCAUUAAGCGCCAGCAAACAAUUACAGCAGCAAAGCCAUUUACAAGAAUCCAUCCUCCCCGGACAC